GACGUCCUGUUCAGUGGCGCGUCUCAAGGAGAUGGGCGAGGAGUUAGUGGUGAGAUCUCGGGGCUCAUUAGUCCCUCCGCCCAUCAGUCACGCGGCGGUCCGCGGGCUCAGGAGGCGGGUUAGGCAGUCCCGGGACAUGGCGGAAGGUGGAGGCUGGCAGCCGCCGCGCCCGUGCGAGGCCUACCGCGCCGAGUGGGAGCUCUGCAGCAGCGCCGGCCACUUCCUCCGCCACUAUUACGUCCACGGCGAGCGGCCGGCCUGUGGGCAGUGGCGGCGCGACCUGGACAGCUGCCGCGAGUGGGAGGAGCGCCGCAGCGCCGAGGCCCAGCGGUCCCUACGUGAGAGCGAGCAGGCGAGAGUCCGGGCUGCACGGAAGCACGGCCUGGUGUGGGCCCCCAGGCAGAGCCCCCCUGCAGACUGGCACCUCCCUCUGCCCCAGGACAACGACCGGUGACAGGCCCAAAUAGUCCAGAAGGUCCCUGGGAGCUUCCGCCUGGCGUGGGACACAGAGUCCCCAUCUCCAGCCUCGCCUGCCCCACCACACUCAGAGCCAGUUCACUCAGCGUGCAGCUCCAGGAAGCCAGGCAUCCCUGCGUGUCCCUGUGGGCGGCCAACGGGCAGGCCAAGGGACAGCAGCAAGGAGAGGCCGUCCCAAGGGCUGGGCUCCUCAGCUGAACACUCAAGGGGCAGCCCGGAUCCGUGUGGAUGCGCAGGUGGCCCUGUAUGGCCCUGGUCUGGUGAUGGCCACGCAGUACUGGCCGCAGGUGCCCUCCCACCGCGGGCACUUCCUCUGCUCCUCUGUAGGCGCGGGCGGCGUCACCUCCUCGGCCCACGGCUCCAGGACACACAACCUUGUGUAAAGAGGGAUCCUAGACUCUUGGCUGAAGACACCCAAGCCCAACACAUGGAAUUUUGGUCUUCUUCCCUCGGAAUUUCCCCUGGUCGUUUUUUGAAAAUGUGGAAUAUAUCAAAAGACAUUUCACAGGUUUGAUUCCAAACAGAAGCUGAAAAUUAAAUCCACAGUUUAAUUUUGAAAGAGUUAGAUUUAUAACCUGACGUUGUGCUGGCCAGUAUUAGAGUUUUGUAUGCUUACACUCUUGUAGAUGUUUUUAAAAUAUAUGUAUUUGAACCAACGGGAACACUAGUUCUUCAGAGGUCUCUUUAUUAUGGGUGAAACGAUUUAGCAUCUGUGCCAUGUAACAGGCCCCAGCAUGUGGUGCUGAGGGUCACGCCUGCGGCAUCUCAGUGCCUCCCUCACGAUCUGGCCAGAGGUGGUGGUUCAACAUCAUUUUACUUAUUCUUGGGGGCAAAAUAAUCCAUCACUUCAGAAGGGCACACAUUAAGAGAGUAAAAUCUCCCAUCAUGUGUGUUUGCUCUUGUGUGCCCCAAGUGUCCUUUGUGACUGUGUACCUGUGAGUGGUGGGGUGCGCACAAAGGACUCCCACAGCAGAGGUGAGUAUAAAGAAGACCCAGGGUCCCCCCGUCGCAGCGGGGAGCCCUGGUGUGUCUGAGGCAACCAGCGUCCGUCCACCGUGGCUGCGUUCACGGGCAUUUCUGGCCGAGGAGGAGGAGGAGGGAGGCUGCUACAGCUCCACCUGUGUCCUCCUUUCUCUGAAACCUAGGCAGGGAGGCCGUCAGCCACUCCUGGUGGAGCCGCUCUCCUACUGCUGCUGGGUUAGGGCCUUGGGUGCCUGUGGCCAGGUGCUGGCUCCAUCAGGAGUCCCACAACUUCUUGGAUGCUGAGCGAGCUCCACCGCAGAUGAUCGUCACCCUGGAAAAUGUUCCUCUGUCCACCCAUGUCCACCCCUCAUGUCUGCACACCCUGGGACCACAGGCUUGAAACAGACAAGUGGCCUCAGUCCCGUUGAGUUCAGGAGACAGACAUGAACAUUCAAACAUCAGCUGUGAAGAAAAUGACAGUGACAAGGCAGAGCAUCAUCUUUCAAACUUUGGGGAUAGAGCCCACAAUGAUAAGCAGUUUGCAUUGUGACCUGGUGCAUCCUGUUACAUGGCGCGCUGUCACUGAGCUGGGCUUCGCGGAGCAGCACCUGCCCCCACCGUGAGAUACUGCUGCUGGGCCUGGCUCCAUUACAUGACGCCGUGAAAGGACGUAAUUAUAGGGAUGCGGACGAUUAUGGGGCAGCAUCCUGUAGUGCAGGACUGCAGGGGUGGCUGUGCUGUGACACGUGGACACACAGAUGAGCACAGCCACAUCUGGGAGCCUGGACCUACUCUGGCUGCAGUCUAUCUCGGUGCUGGCAUGACUGGCCCUGUAAGAUGUGACACUGAGGGGAGCCGGAGGAACCACACACAGCACCUCCCUGUUGAUUUCCAGCCUCUUGUCAAUCUAUGAUUACUUCCAAAUAAAAGGUUAAAACAAAACAGCUGCCCAUGACCCACUGACUUGAUCAUACAACCUCGUGGAUGAAAUCUAUAAGUUGGGAGGUGGGGGAGGCUCAGGGUCCGAGGCUAGACCUGGAGGAGGAGGCUGGAGGCUUUA